GAAGUGGAUCUUCAUUCCAAGCGGGGUUGACAACAAAACAGUCGAAAAAUGAGCGAUGUUCAGGACUAAGAACAGACUUCCAGCACUGAGCUAUUACUACAAAGGACAAAGAACUUCGAUUUGGAGAAGCGCUCAGUGAAUGACAGGCAUCAUGGGACAACGGUGUAAAGAAGACGAAGCAAUGAUCAACCAAAUCAUAAUGACAGCUCCGGUACACAGGAAACUGUACAUUGUAGAUGCAAGGUCUCAGCUUGCUGCGCACGGAAACAGAGUCAAAGGAGGAGGUUUUGAACAAGAACAAUAUUAUUCUCAAUGCCAAGUUGAUUUUGGUAACAUUGAGAAUAUCCACGCUGUCAGAGAUGCCUACAAAAGCUUAGCUCUCCUUUGUAAUUCUCACCUUCAGACUAAAUAACCAAAAGAAAAUUAUGUCCAAAAUUGAAGGAAGCGGGUGGCUCGGCCUGCUCAAAAACAUUCUCCACUAUUCUUCAGAAAUUGCCAACAGAGUUGCUGUUCUCAAGCAAAACUGUUUGGUCCACUGCAGCGAUGGCUGGGACAGAACGGCCCAGCUCUGCAGUCUGUCCGAGAUGAUGAUCGACCCCUACUACAGAACUGUCAGAGGCUUCGAAGCCUUGAUCGAGAAAGAGUGGGUGUCCUUCGGUCACAAGUUUGGGUCAAGGUCGGGCCACUUCUGAGACGACACUGUGUGUCCAGGCGAGAGGUCGCCAGUGUUCGUGCAAUUCAUGGAUGCUUGAUACCAGCUUCUGACUCAGUUUCCGACCCAUUUCCAGUUCAACACAAAGCUGUUGUUGUUCUUAGCACAUCAUGUGUAUUCUUGCAAAUUCGGAACUUUCUUAGGAGACAACGAGCGAACCAGAGAGAAAGAAGGACUCAUCAAAGACAAGACCACUUCGAUUUGGACGUACGUGAACGAUAACGUGUACGACUUCUUGAAUCCGUUCUAUCAGGAGUCAGAUGACAUUCUGAAGCCUAGCUGCGACUACCUGGCCAUCAAACUGUGGAAAGAACAUUUCCUUGCAUUCUCUGAAAUUACAAAGUACCAGCCAGACGAAGCCCAGAUUUCACCAGAUGACCACAAAGACUCGAUCAUGAAGAAGGUCUUGAUGGAGAACUUGCUGAUGAAGAAGAGGAUUGCUCAGCUCGAAGCAUCCGAGCAAGAAUACCCCUCGUAG